AUGUACCAACAAUGGGAUCAACAUGCCGUUCAAGACCCGUACUACGGAGCUCGACAAAACCUAAUUUUCCAGCAAGAUGCAGAGGCUAAGUUUUACUUCGUGAACAUGAAGACGCAGAAAUCAUUCCCUUGUCCAAACUGUGCGAGUUCUUUCCGUCAAAAGCAAAGUUUAACUAGACAUUUAAAAUACGAAUGUGGACAAGAACCUCGAUUUACCUGUCCCUAUUGUAAAAAACGCAGUGGAUCUCAUCUGGGGAGUUUUGAAGCAUUGUGGAAGACGAAGAUGGACGACAGUUAUUUCAACUCGAAUACUGGAAAGUUUCACUGUCCCAAUUGCAAUAGUGGUUAUGGAAGGCGGGACACUAUGUUGGGACAUUAUCGUUACGAAUGUAUGCGUCCUCCGAGAUACAAAUGUCCCUAUUGUUCCCUGAAAUCUAAGAAAUCUUCAAACGUCUACCAGCAUGUCAGGGCUGUGCAUCCGACUGAGACAAUUUCUGGUCAAAACAUUUUCGUCGCCCGAGAAACCACAUUUGUGUUGAAUGUGGGAAGGCAUAUGUUAAUGACAAGGAUUUGCGAAAACAUCAAAAAUACGUUUGUGGCAGAGAUCCUAGAUUUCGAUGUCCUUAUUGUCAAACGAAAGCCAAAUACAGAUCAAAUAUCUAUGCCCAUGUGCGAUCAAUACAUCCAGAAAUGA